AAGCAAAAUGAGAAUCUCCCCAGUGCUGUUGAAAGGACGCUCUGCCUGGAAGGGCCCACACGUUGUGCCUCUGCCCAUUGCACAUGCCAUCAAGUCCAAUACUCCAAUCAGAACCAACGCCAGAAGUUGCACAAUAUUACCGCAGUUUGUAGGAGUGAAGUUCCAGGUCCAUAACGGUAAGGAGUACGUGGCAUUCGAGGUUACAGACGACAUGGUUGGUAGCAAGCUGGGAGAAUUUGCACCAACGAGAAAGAGAUUCAGUUACACACAGACCAAGAACAAAUGAGAGUGCUCUUAUAUAUAUAUAUAUAUAUCAUUUCUCGAGCAGAAGGGUGGGAUAUAUUUCCAAUGACAUGUACAUACAGUGGA